GAGGUAAUCCUGUGUUGGCAGAUAGAGACAGAGAGAGGAGCUCAGAUGACUAAAGCUGGUGUAGGGGGAAAUCACAUACAUACAGCGUACGAGCGUUGGGGGAAGGACAAAAAGAGGGGGGUGUGUCAGUCAGAGUGUGUUUCUGCUAGGUCUGCUAGGGAGACUGAGGCAGAGGUGUGUGUUUGUGUAUGACGGAGCCAGAGCACUGAAACUCACACACACAGACACAUGCGCAGGACCAGGCAGAGAUACAGCUUUUCAGGAGCAGAGCGGCGGCAAAGGGAUUACUCCUAUUUCUGUCUCUACCUCCAUGCUUCCUGGGGUUCAGUGACAGAGGAGCAUGGAGGACCGAUAUGGAGGCAGAUAAGCGACUGCGUGAGCCGUGAUUGACUGAAAAGGGUUGCAAGCAUGGUCCCUCACAGUGGACCAUUUGUGCUGGUCCUCAGUGUCACAUUGUUGGGCAGCCUACACACUGUGUCCCUGAACAGAGAUGGAGGCAAACCAAGCUGGGCUUAUAAAAACCCUGUCACAGAGCUCACAGACCAUAAAGAGCCUGGUUCACAGUGGACCACCCAGACGUCUAGAGCCAAGAUGGAUGCCACUAAUCUACCGAUGACCAAUUCACUCUUCUCAGAUCUCACAAUAAACUCUGAGAAGAACAGUAAUGCUCCAAAAGAUCUAGGAGAAGUCAGAGCAUCAAACCCCAACAGAAGAAGGAGCAUCUCAUUAGCAAAUCGAUUUUCAAGUACAACAUGGACAGAUAAUAUAAACUCCUUUAAAACUGACACAACAACUGAUACUCCAUCAAAGACUUGGUCAGUCACUCAAGGCAAUGAAUGGAUUCCUGUGACAAGCCAUUCUGACUUGGUUGAUUCGCAUUAUAGCAAUUUUGCCCGUUCUUUAGGAACCACAUUAGUAGUAGGCCUGAGGCCUUCACGUUCUCAGGUAAAGACCACAGAUAUUGGGCCUCCAGAAUAUACAGGAACUCCAGAGUUUACCCAUUUCCCUAUGCCCCAAACAUCUCCUGAUCAAAGAAGAGUAGAAACUAGACUUAGUGCUGACUGGACACUGGAGAAGUCCAAAACCACUUCUCAGAGAGUGAAUGUAGAAGAGUUUUCCAAUAGUGCAGAUCUAGGAAAAAGACGAAAAGACCUACCAACCACUAUGCACGACAAUGGAGGAGUGGAAGAUGAAGUCUCCAAGAAGUCCCCUCAUGAAACAGCGAUUGUGACCAAUACACCAAAAGGCUUGUCUGCACUUGACAACAACGACUUUGCCGAAUUAUCCUCCCAGCCUGACUGCAACCUGGACACCACAGGGGUCUGCAACUCCUCACACCCUCUCUUGAGCCCUGAUCUCCCUGACAACAACCUCCCGAGUGACCUGUCUCCUGCUUCUCCGAUGCCCCCACCUAAUGGUGAUAUGACCCCGCCCCCUGUUGCCCUGACCCCGCCCAUGCUGGUACCUUUACUCUCUGACUGGAAUGCUGCCAUGGCGACAUGGGGUCUAGCGUGGGAGCUGCACGUGUAUGGGCUGGGGUGUGUGUUCUCACUGGUGGCUGCACUGUCUGCCUUUAGCCUCUUGUGUCUGCCCCUAUGCUGGCCUUCUGGCUGCGCCCACUUUAGCCUUCUGCACCUCCUGCAGCUGCUGGCUGGCUCUAGCCGUGCCCUGUGGCUGCUCUAUGACCCGUAUGGUCAGCGGGACCGGCUCCCUAUGGCCUGGUCACGCCUUCUGCAUGAGGCCACUUAUCCAUGCCUGACUGCUGCCUUUGGCCUACUGCUGCUGCUGUUGUCUGGCCGCUCUCGCGCCCAACUGCUCUCCCAGACCACCCUGCGGCGCUGUGGCUGCCUACUAGCUGCACUUGUGUUGGUGCAUGUUGCUGUGGUGAUGGGAUCUGUAGCCAUUCUGAGGCUUUUUCCUGCCCUUCCGGUUGUCUCUCUUCUGCCCCCCACUGCAUUCUUCCUGCUGGCCUCUCUCUUGUCCUUCUCAUACCUGCUGUUCUACUGCUGCGCCCGCACUGAUGCCAAGCACAUCUACAGGUUAAACGAGAUGUCACCGGACCACCCAGCUAGCCACUGUCCCCUAGCGGAGGCUGGUGUGUGGGAGAGGGCUGCGGGGACUGGCCUUUUCUCAGCACUAUUUCUCCUAGCAUGUGGGGGACUCAGGCUUUAUGCAGUCCUGCAUGCAACUGGGCUGACAGAUGAGGAAACAGUGGGACUGAUGCCCUGGCCCUGGUGGGGCUUCCAGCUCAGCUGCAGAGUGUGUGAGGCGGGGAUGUGUCUCACCCUGGCACUUGUGGUCACACACCCUCUCCUGUGCUGUGGAGGAGCUGUCCCUAAGUUUGGCCGCUGGAGCUCAGUGUUUAACAGGCAGAGGUCAUCCACAGGGGGCGCUACUGCAGCCACCAAAACCACCAUCCUGUCAAGUGGCUGGUCCAAGAGGCCAGGAGAGAAACUGAGUCUGCGGGAUGGUAUGGUGCGGGAUGAAAGCGAGAGUGUGCCCCUCUACACCCUAGCUGAGGUGCCACUCUGUGAAUCAGAUGGCUUGGACCUCCAUUAUCCAAGCAGCCCUCAGAAUCAGGCAGCCCCUCAGCUGUCCGGGGCCACAAUGGAUGCUCAAGUGGUCUCUCAGCGGUCAUCUUUAGCUAGCCUUAAUGGAGAUUCCACAGUGGAUCUGCGACCUCCGUCUCCAAUUGACCUGCGACGCAGCAUUGACGAGGCUUUGAACAGUGAGGCCCUGUUCCGGCGGAGUCUCUUCAGCUCCUCCAGGCUUUCUCUCAGUACACGCGGGCCUCCAGAUGGACAGCCCUGCCGCGGAACCUCCACUGAGCCUGUCCUGUACCGCACCGCCUCAUGUGGGGAUGUGGAUUCCCCUUGUAGGAAUGGAAACUCAAGCUCCCUUUGUGGAGGCCCUAGAGGUCAUGGAGGUCAAGCAACUAAUUACAGUGACUUCACUUCCAGGCGGCAGUCGUCUCAGAGCAGUCUGCCCAGGGGGAGCCUGCCAAGAGUGCAGUCAGGACGCCCCUCGCAGAAGCAGUACAAGGUCCUGAGCUCCACCAUGUCCAGAGAGAGUAUAUAUGAGAAAGAGCAUGCUUACACACAGGCUGACGAACUGGCUGUCCAAGCUGAGUUCAUCAGCGUCUGCAGACAGAUAGAUGCACUUAGUAUCAGCAGCGACACAAUCGAACUGUAAAAAAAUGGAACAGGCAUCAUGACAGAUGAGAGCUGCACCAAUAAAUGAGGUUUUGUAUGUACUUGAGCUGCUCCUCAGUUCCAGUGCGCAAAACCUCAUUGGUAAAAAAGGAUCCUGUAGGGGAGCUGCAGCAGUUUAAAAGAAGAUAAAGAACAAAGUGAAAAGAUGGCUUUGGCUUUAAGAAUGUACUUUCAGGUCAACUUGCACAUAAAACUUUGAGAAACAUUAAGACAAAGGCACUUAGUACAUUACAGACGUCACCAUGGAAGAAGCAAAUGUCGUCAGAAUAUAAUUAAAAAUGCAAACAUCAUUUUAUUAUUUGGGUGCAGAUCAAAAUGCCUCACUUAUAUACACAGUGGCACUGUGUGACUUCUGAUGCAAAAACAUUUUCUCCAUUAGCAAUAAGACCACAUUUAACACUUUAGAAUAUUCUUGAAAAAAAAAGACAGAGGUACCGUAGCGGACAGAGAUCAUUCUUCAUGAAUUUACAGUCAAAACAGCUGUUCAUGUAGUAGAUAUUAAUUUGUCAGUAUCAGGAAAAGGCAGAAAACAUAUUUUUACAGAUAUUUAACAGAACAUUACACAGAAGCCUCAACACCUAAAUAAAAUAUUUUUUAAUUUUUAGUUUUUAGUGUGUCCGCCCUUUGCCCUUAUUACAGCUUCUACUCUUUUCAGGAGACAUGCUUACAGCUUUUCAAAUAAAUCUGCAGGGAUGUUUCCCCACACCUCCAAAGUUCAUUCUUAGAGGUUGGUUUAAUUUUCUGUUUCUUGCAAACCUAGUAAUCCAAGCACAUUCAUUGAUGUUGAGGUCUGGACUCUUGCCAGUCCAUUGUUCUGAGAACAUAUAUCAGCCUCUUUCAUUUGCAAAUUUUUAUUGUUUUAAUUUUUUUUGCUGUUUCUUAGUAACAGCUUCUUGACAGCUGCACAUCCUUUCAGAUCUGUGGAUUUGAGUGAAACAACGGACAUCACAAAAUGAAUAACUUGUACUUUUUUGUACCAUUUUGUCUGUAAAUUAAAUAAAUGAAGGGUGGUUUCUGACUUUGGCACAGAACUGUAUCUCUCAGAGUAGUGUGUGCUGAGAUGAUGUGUAGUUUUACUUAAACAUUUACUGAAAGGAAAUGAGGCCCUCAUGUGAAAACAGCAUGAAGAAACAGCCAUAAAGAAAAUGAAAACUUGGUUAAGAAGGCUAAGUUUGCAAUACUAAUAUAGCAAUACCAGUCACUGCAUGUUUGUGGCAGGGAAAUCAUUGUGCUGUUUCUUUCCUAUGCAUCAGCCUAAGGCAAAACAUAAGAAAAUACAAUUUCUCCUCUGCUUUACACUUUACAGCUUUCAUUAUUUCCAUGGUUUUUUACUAUUUCAUAAGGUACUGAUAGAGAUAGAACUUAAAAUAAGAUUUUCACAUAUAUGUCUGUGCUUUUAUUGGUACCAAAUGUACAGAAUCUAUAAUAUAAGCAGCAAGUUGGGCUGUUAUGUUUGCAUCUCUCUGAUAAAUAAGUUAAUUUAUAAUAAAUACAUAAAACAGUAAGGAAGUGAAGGAGUGG